AUGCCUCGAAUAAGUGGAGAAACCCUUCGCGAAGACGACGAUGACGAAUCAUCGCGACAAUCCCCAUCAAAUGCCAAUAGUGUCAAUGCAUCGCUGACCUCUCACGGCCCGUCGCUGUCCCGCUCUUCCCCGGAUAUUGCCGAUACCACCGAUUUGGCUCUGGUGUUCACUGCCGGCAGUGACGACACUCUAGUCGACCAGAUCACCGUUUUCGGUAUUCCCGUGCUGCAAUUCAAUUGUAUUAAGCUGUGCCCCAUCGUCUCCCAGCGACUACAAGGCGGUGCCUAUUUAUACCCACUGAACCAAGCCGUCCUUAAUGGUGACCCAUACAUCGUUCACACGAAAUGGGGGCUGAUCUUCAAACCUGGCUUUAUGCUGAUGGUGUUUCCUGAUAAGCAAGUGGCGUGUAAAGUCUAUUUCAAGCUGGUGAGUGUGUGGAUGCUGUAUUACCGUUUGGAGUUUGGUGGUGGUGAAGACGUCUAUCUCUACUGUAAUAGUUCCAAUACGGCGACAGUAGACUUUGUUCUCAGAGGUACUAAACUCCGAGUGAUGGGGUUGGCUGGUGGUCUGCUUGGUUCUCGCGGUCGUCUUAGAGUGAUGAUAUUGCGUCCUGAUUCUCCUACACUAAACGCUAAUGUUGUCGACAAACGGCCUCAGUUUAUUCAAAAUGAGCUUUACGAUGCCGUGGCCACGCAAAACCGUGUCAAGAUCGCUGAGUGUGUCGCUGACGCCUCUCCUCUUGUAAAUGUCCCCGUGGCCAGUUUUGUCGACGAUGAAGGUAAAUUAGGUAAAUUUAUCCGUCACGGCUACGUCAAAUGUUUUAGCUGUGGCGACGAAGAAUUGGAAAAGCAAUUGAUGGCAGCGUUAUUGGUGAUCAGAGAACAAGAAAACCGCAAAUUCAGAGGCAGUAACCCCCCUUCCAAGAGGGACUGA